AUGCUUCCUCUCUUCAUCAAAGUGCUUCCUCUCUUCUCAAAGUACUUCCUCUCUUCAUCAAAUGCUUCCUCUCUUCUUCAAAGUACUUCCUCUCUUGAUCAAGAUGCUUCCUCUCUUCAUCAAAGUACUUCCUCUCUUCUUCAAAUGCUUCCUCUCUUCUUCAAAGUACUUCCUCUCUUCAUCAAAUGCUUCCUCUCUUCAUCAAGUGCUUCCUCUCUUCAUCAAGAUGCUUCCUCUCUUCAUCAAGUGCUUCCUCUCUUCUUCAAAGUACUUCCUCUCUUCAUCAAGAUGCUUCCUCUCUUCUUCAAAGUACUUCCUCUCUUCAUCAAGAUGCUUCCUCUCUUCAUCAAGAUGCUUCCUCUCUUCAUCAAGAUGCUUCCUCUCUUCUUCAAAGUACUUCCUCUCUUCAUCAAGAUGCUUCCUCUCUUGAUCAAGAUGCUUCCUCUCUUGAUCAAGGUGCUUCCUCUCUUCAUCAAGAUGCUUCCUCUCUUCAUCAAGAUGCUUCCUCUCUUCUUCAAAGUACUUCCUCUCUUCAUCAAGAUGCUUCCUCUCUUCUUCAAAGUACUUCCUCUCUUCAUCAAGAUGCUUCCUCUCUUGAUCAAGGUGCUUCCUCUCUUCUUCAAAGUACUUCCUCUCUUGAUCAAGAUGCUUCCUCUCUUCUUCAAAGUACUUCCUCUCUUGAUCAAGGUGCUUCCUCUCUUCAACAAAGUACUUCCUCUCUUCAUCAAGAUGCUUCCUCUCUUCAUCAAGGUGCUUCCUCUCUUCUUCAAAGUACUUCCUCUCUUGAUCAAGAUGCUUCCUCUCUUCUUCAAAGUACUUCCUCUCUUCAUCAAGAUGCUUCCUCUCUUCUUCAAAGUACUUCCUCUCUUCAUCAAGAUGCUUCCUCUCUUCAUCAAGGUGCUUCCUCUCUUCUUCAAAGUACUUCCUCUCUUGAUCAAGAUGCUUCCUCUCUUCUUCAAAGUACUUCCUCUCUUGAUCAAGGUGCUUCCUCUCUUCAACAAAGUACUUCCUCUCUUCAUCAAGAUGCUUCCUCUCUUCAUCAAGGUGCUUCCUCUCUUCUUCAAAGUACUUCCUCUCUUCAUCAAGAUGCUUCCUCUCUUCUUCAAAGUACUUCCUCUCUUCAUCAAGAUGCUUCCUCUCUUGAGCAAGGUGCUUCCUCUCUUCAUCAAGAUGCUUCCUCUCUUCAUCAAGAUGCUUCCUCUCUUCUUCAAAGUACUUCCUCUCUUCAUCAAGAUGCUUCCUCUCUUCAUCAAGGUGCUUCCUCUCUUCUUCAAAGUACUUCCUCUCUUCAUCAAGAUGCUUCCUCUCUUCUUCAAAGUGAUUCCUCUCUUCUUCAAAGUACUUCCUCUCUUCAUCAAGAUGCUUCCUCUCUUGAUCAAGGUGCUUCCUCUCUUCAACAAAGUACUUCCUCUCUUGAUCAAGAUGCUUCCUCUCUUCAUCAAGUGCUUCUCUCUUCUUCAAAGUACUUCCUCUCUUGAUCAAGAUGCUUCCUCUCUUCUUCAAAGUACUUCCUCUCUUCAUCAAUGCUUCCUCUCUUCAUCAAGAUGCUUCCUCUCUUCAAGGCUUCCUCUCUUCUUCAAAGUACUUCCUCUCUUCAUCAAGAUGCUUCCUCUCUUCUUCAAAGUACUUCCUCUCUUCAUCAAGAUGCUUCCUCCUCUUCUUCAAGUGCUUCCUCUCUUCUCAAAGUACUUCCUCUCUUCAUCAAGAUGCUUCCUCUCUUGA